AUGAUGCCGCCAUUGAUCAUCCUCUUCACCUACGACUUCUCGGUCUUUGGGAGAAAGACGGACUGGGUGUUGAAUCUCAAAGGGCUGAAGUACUUCCGAUGCAUCGUUCUGAAUCGCCUCCCUCGCCCAGUGCUGCAACAACUGGGCGUCCAGUACAGGCGAAUCCCCAUUCUGGCCAUUGGUCGCGAUAUAUACUGCGACACGAGGCUCAUCAUUGACAAGCUCGAAGAGCUGUUUCCCGAAAACAGAAUCAGCAGCACAAGUCCGUUCGAGAAGGGUCUGGAGCACCUGUUCGAGAACUGGCUGAUUGACGGAGGACCGUUCUGGCGGACAGCAGGCCUGAUCCCCCCAGCGGCGGAGGUGAUGCACGACAAGGAAUGGCUGCAAGACCGGACGAACAUGACGGGUCGCAAAUUUGACAUUGAGACGCUGAAGCAGGGCAGAGCUGAGAGUCUGUCACAUGUGCGCAUGUACUUCAACCAGAUGGAGCAUGAAUUGUUGGCCGACGGACGAGAAUACAUUCUGGCCACGCAGGAACCGACGUUGGCGGACGUCCAUGCCAUUUGGACGUUCGACUGGGCUCUCCAAGAAAAAGGGCACAUGUUUGAGUAUCUGGAAAAGGAAGUCAUCGGCGAAGACCAGUUCCCCAGGACGUUCGCAUAUGUCGACCGGUUUCGCAGGGCCAUGGCGAGGAAGGAAGCACAGAACGGUAUACCGGAGGCGUUGUCCUCAACGGACGCCGUGAACCGAAUUCUAGCUUCGGAUUUCUUCGAGAAGGAGGGUACGAUCGACCCCAGAGAUCCGCUGAAGCUGAGAAAGGGGCAGUUAGUUGAGAUCUGGCCGGUCGAGUCUGGAUUCACGCACCACGACAAAGGUAAGUUGGUGUCGAUCGGAGUGAAGGAGGUCGUCAUCUCGAGUAGGCCAAGCGUCGGCGAAGGAAGACUGAGGCUGCAUUUCCCCCGCGUGAAUUUUCGGAUCAAGCCGGUAGAGGAGUCGAAGUUGUAG